AUUCCGUUUUUGUUUGAUCCAAAAUCGAAUUUUAUGUCAAGGUUUCUUGGCUUAUAACCAACGAUGUCAAUGAUAAAAUAGAACGGUACAACUAUGAUCCAUUUGGAUCCAUUAGUGAAAUAGUCUGACUUACGUCUUACUUAGCGCUAACGAUAUCAGUGGCGAUUAGAGGAACUUAAUCACCUUACCGACCUUCCUAUUCUUUCAAAUUCAAAGCUUCAAUAAUCUUUUAUACAUAAUCUUAAAUAUGAAAAAACGAGGUACCGGUAAAACGACGAAGACGAAUAUUACCGAAAGCUUGGAUCAAACUGGAUUUGGAAAAUUCACAUUUCAUAACGGAGAUAUAUAUAACGGCGAAUAUAGAUGCAAUUAUACCCAAUCUGUUUUAGUCAAAGAAGGAAGAGGAAUAUAUACUACCGAUAACUUUGACGUUUACGAUGGCGAAUGGAACAAUGAUUCUUUUGCCGACACUACAAUUCACAUUCGGUAUAAUAACAACGCUCAGUAUCGAGGUAGAGUCGAACCAAACGGUACAAUGAACGGUCCUGGAACGUAUACAUUUCCGGAUGGAUCUUCAAUUGAGGCUGAUUGGGUCAAUAACAAACCACUUACGAAUGCUAUCUACAGAGAACCUAGAGGGUUUGAAUGGACACUUGUAAACGUGACGGAUAAUGCGAUUUCUUUUUCUCCUGGAAAUCAUUUCUGGCGUGAUCUAUUAUCUGAUCAAAGCACCACGUAUUCUACCGACUCUUUCGGUGAAGGCGAACUGAAUUAA